GAGAGGGGAUAGGAUCUCAGAUUGUGGGCGCGGGACGCCGAGAAGGCGGAGGAGGAGGAGGAGGAGGAGCGGGUGGAGGAGGAGGAGGAGAGCGAGAAGGAGGAGGAGGAGGGCGGCGAGCGCGCGGCGCGGCCGCGAGGACUCCCGGCGUGCCCGCCAGCGUCUCCAUCCCCGCGUCCCCGUGACAGCCGGGCGAGCCGAGAGAGCGCGUGGAGUGCGAGGGCAGAGCGAGUGCGGCAACACAGGGAGGAGGAGGCACACUCCGUCGAGGGAAUGCGCUCGUGAGUCGUCAGGGCGGAGCGGACUCGACGGCUCCGAGGGGCGGGUGCUGCCGCUGCGUCUGCCGCUGCUGUCGGGCGAGGAGGAGGUGUUUAGCGGGAGGGAGGAGGAGGAGGAGGCUGGUGAGGAGGUGUCGGAGGCGCUGGAAGCUGCGGACUGUCGCUGGAAUCCCCGCCGCUGUAGCGGCCCCGCAAUGGCCGUGCAGAGGCGGCGGGCGUGGAUGAGCGCGGCGCUCGGUCUGGUCUUGGGCUUCACGGCCGCCACAUGGCUGGCGGUGCCGCGCUCCGUCUCCGGCAACGGCAGGAGGCGUCUCGGGAGCGGCUGCCGGGCGCACCCGGCCGGCGGAGACGCGGCCGGCUCGGCGUGGCGCCGCGGGAGCGCGGGAGGAGACGAAGGAAGAGGCGGCGGUGGCCGCGGUUGGGGAGGGCGGCUGGACCCCCUGGGUGCCCCGGUGCGCGCCGUGGCGACCCCGCAAAACUUCCUGUACGUGGGGGUCAUGACGGCGCACAAGUACCUGGAGACGCGCGGCCGCGCCGCGUUCAGCACGUGGGUGCGCUCCGUGCCGGGCACCGUGGAGUUCUUCUCGAGCUGGGACUCGCGCACCGAGCUGCCGCUGCCGCUGAUCACGCUGCCCGGCGUGGACGACGCGUACCCGCCGCAAAAGAAGUCCUUCCUCAUGCUCAAGUACAUGCACGACCACCACCUGGACCGCUACGAGUGGUUCAUGCGCGCGGACGACGACGCGUACGUGCGCGGCGAACGCCUGGAGCAGUUCCUACGCGGCCUCAACAGCAGCGAGCCGCACUACCUGGGCCAGACGGGGCUGGGCACGGCCGAGGAGCUGGGCAAGUUGGCGCUCGAGCCCGGGGAGAACUUCUGCAUGGGCGGCCCAGGAAUGGUUUUCAGCCGCGAGGCGCUGCGGCGCGUGGGGCCGCACGUGGGCGAGUGCCUCCGCGAGUUGCACACGACGCACGAGGACGUGGAGAUCGGCCGCUGCGUGCGCAGGUUCGCCGGCACGCAGUGCGUGUGGUCGUACGAGAUGCAGCAGCUGUUCUACGAGAACUACGAGCACCACCACAAGGGCUACAUCCACGACCUGCACAAGAGCAAGAUGCGCGCCGCCAUCACGCUGCACCCCAACAAGCAGCCCGCCUACCAGCACCGGCUGCACUCGCAGCUGCUGGCGCUGCGCAUCUCCGAGCUGCGCCAGCGCACGCUGCAGCUGCACCGCGACGCGGCGCUGGCCGCGAAGUUGGCGGCGAGCGAGGCCGCCGGCGGCGCCGUCGGCGCGGCGGAGCCGCCGCGCCGCGAGGACCAGCGGCUUGGCGCGCCGCCCACGUUCAUGCGCUUCGCGCCGCUCUCGCGCGACCAGGUGCUCGAGUGGGACUUCCUGACGGGCCGCCUGCAGCACAGCGCGGCGGACGGGGCUCCGCCGCGCCGCUCCCUCGGCAUGGCCAUGAGGCUGGCGCUCGACGACAUCAUCAUGAGGGUGAUGGAGAUGAUCAACGCCAACUCGCACGCGCGCGGGCGUGUCAUCGACUACAAGGAGCUGCAGUACGGCUACUCCCGCGUCAACCCCGUGUCCGGCGCCGAGUACGUGCUCGAUCUGCUGCUGCUCUACAAGAAGUACGCCGGCAAGAAGAUGACGGUGCCCGUGCGGCGCCACGCCUACCUCCAGCAGAGCUUCUUACGCGCCGAGUCCCACGAGGCCGAGGAAAUCCGCGACCCCGAGGCGCUCGCGCUCAGCGUCGACCGCUCAGCCAACAGAAAAGGCGGCGCCUUGAUCCGAGGUUCCCUCUCCAUCUUUUCAAACCCGCUCAAGAUGUUCGUGCCGUUUCGGGUAUUCAACCGCGGUGGCGGGAAAGGGGGCGGCGGUAACGGGGGCGACGGCGGUGACGGCGGAGACGGAGAGGCCGCCGGGCCCUGGCAGGCCGAGGGCAAAGUUCACGUGCUGGUGCCGCUCAUGGGACGCCUCGGGAUCUUCAAGCGCUUCAUGGACAGCUUCGAGCACACGUGCCUGCGCUCGGGCCAGAACGUCAAGCUGCUCGUGCUCCUCUUCGACGAACAGCCGCGCACGGGGCCCUCGCCGGCCGCGGCGGCGGCCGAGGCGGCAUCCGGGGCGGCGGCCAGCUCGGCCGGGACGUCCGAGAGCCACCGGGACGUCCUGCGCCGGUACCAGCGGCGCCAUCCGCGGGCCGAGUUGGAGAUCCAGCGCAUGCCGGGCCCCUUCUCGCGCGGCGUGGCGCUCGAGGAGGGCGCGUCGCUCUUCUCCAACGACACGCUGCUGCUCUUCUGCGACGUGGACCUCGUGUUCACGGCCGACUUCCUGCACCGCUGCCGUGCCAACACCGUGCAGGGCGCGUCGGCCUACUUCCCCGUCGUGUACAGCGAGUACAACCCACGCUUCGCUCGCGGCGAGCCCGGCGGCGAGCCGCCGGCCGCGGCGGAGGGAGACCCGUCGGGCCACUUCGCGCUGAGCCGCAGGGGCGGUUUCUGGCGCGAGUACGGCUACGGCAUCACGUGCAUCUACCGCGGCGACCUGGCGGCGGCGGGCGGCUUCGACACGUCGAUCCGCGGCUGGGGCCUGGAGGACGUGGACCUGUUCUCGCGCGUGCUGCACGCCAAGCUGGCCCCCUUCCGCAGCCAGGAGCCCGGCGUGGUGCACGUGCACCACCCGGUGGCGUGCGACCCCGCGCUGCCGCCGCACCAGCUGCGCAUGUGCCUGGGCUCGCGUGCCUCCGCCUACGCGGACGGGCGCCAGCUCGCCGAGCUGUGGCUGCGGCGGAGGCCCGGCGUGGCGCUAGCGACGGCCGGCGCUGGGGAGGCGCCCCGGAACCGGACAGACGUGUCGUAGCGGAGAGUCGAUCCGGACGAGGGGACGCUGUCGGGGUUUGUACCGACUAAGGGGGUGGGCGGGGGGCGGCUGGCCUCACCCCCCCUCCCCCUUGCCGAACGAAACGAAUCCUGGAGCUCAAAAAUAGAAGCUCCGCUCGCUGCACUCUGACCUCCGCGGGGGAGCCGCCGCGGGGACUAAACGAUCGAGGGGGAGAACCGAGCGGGAACUGCACACAAGGUCCAGCAUCCAGUUAAAAAGGCUUACUUCAUUCCGUAAUUUUAUUGACGUUUUAGUAGUUCUAUGGUAAGUCAGAAACUCUUGUUGUGCUUAGGUUUUGUUCUUUUUGCCUCCAUCCUCAGACGUCUGUGAAUAAAAGUGUCUUGGGGGACGGAGCCUCCAUAAGUUAACAGUGCGUUACAAAACCACUUAUAAAGCAAUGGUUUUUAGAAGGAAGGAAAAUAAUUGCGAAUUAUUUUUUGGAGUUUGCCUCUCCGACUCGAGCUCCCGCCACAAGCGAGCGACACCGUGGCUGGGCACCGCUGCCUCGGGGUCAUUGUUUUGGGUCGGAUGGGGGGCAAAGGAAGGAUGGGGGGGGGCAGAGGGCUCACACGGGAGGAGCGAGUGGCACUACAGCGAAGACUCGGGAUGUAACGACUCAUCGCCAACUCCGCGAUCGGACUCAUUCCUCACCAUUAUUCGAUUCACAAAUUUCUCUUUUUUUCCUCUCCCCCUUGUGAUGCUUCUGGUAUCCACAACGGGACGAAGCCAAGUCGCCAGCGGUCGUGUGACACGACACACGAGUUGGGAGUGAUCGACACGAACGCCCGCGAUUAAGCGCAUCUAUAUUUAUCGAGUCUAAAAAACCGAUUUGACUUUCUAACGGCCGACGAAUGCAGCCGAGCCUAUGAAUCGUUACAGGCCCCGCGAACACGGUACGGAAUUUAAACAGCAGGCUCUGUUAUACUGCUACGGGCAGGAGCAAUACUUGUGAUAAUGUGAGAGUAAUAAUUGUGAUAUUCCACACGCAUUCUCAACACAAACUAAACAAACGAGGGGCGGGGGCAAGGAUGGUGUGGAGCGGGGAGGGGGGUGGGCAAGGAUGGUGUGGAGUGGGGGGGGGUUAUUCUGUUGCCAAAUCUAAGUCACACUCAAUGGGCCUUCCUAAUCAAAGUAUUUAUUAAACAAGGCAAAUCUGUUGGGCUGAGUUUCACAUCUGGCGGUGGCCUCUGUCACCACCGAUGAGACCGGGUUGCCUCCGGAUGCUACAACUGAGAGCCGCUGGGCCCAGAUGUGGACUAAAGCGCAGGGCGAGCAGUGGCGGAGAACCAAUCGAUUGUUUUGCAACAAAACGUGUGAUCUCGCAGAGCAUGAAAUGCCUUUCUAAGGCCGCAAGCACCAGGCAGUCCGGCUCGCUGGAGGGGGGGGGCACUGCUGCCCUCAACAGAUGCGGCAGAGCGCGAGCCGGCGGCGCCGUGAAAUAUCGCAUCACAGAAACCGCGUCGCGUAACGAACUCUCCGGCGCACUGAGAAUUGACGCUGAAUGACCCAUUUGACGUUUGUCACGGCGUCACAAUGUCAUUUAGCCACACAAGCGUGCGUGUGUACUUUAGUACACGGCUGGCACACACACACCUACCUACUCACAACCACAAAGCCGGUCAGUGGGGGUUGGUAAAGUGGUCGAGGGGUGUUUAGGACCGGUUUAGUUGUCACUUAGCCGUGACUACGAAUUGAACUCUGGCCACCGGGCUCGCAGCUUGGUGCGCUAACCGCCGCUCCGAGACCGUGCGCGCGUGGGGCACGCGGCUCGCGCUCACGAGGGCGCGCACGCGCUCGUCCGGCCCCACGUCGCGAUGAUCGCACUGCCGCUCGGUUCGGAACGGAGGCGCUGCCCAAGGGUGGAGGCGGCGAACAAGGCGACACGCGGACGGUGGGCGCGGCCCGCGAGGCGCAUCGCCGAUGCCUUAUUAGACGAGGUGUACUCGUGCGUCAUUUGUGUCGUCGACACGGAAUCGUCCGAGAUGUUGUUUUACGCCCCGAGCGGAACGCGCUGUGCACGUUCUCGCCCCCCCCCCCCCACCACCACCACCACCACGCCACUGCAGGCCGACACCUCGCUCACUCCCAAGAGGUGCGGACGAAACGGAGCUUCUGGGAGUUCCACCAGAGACGUGGAGAAGAAGCCGCGGUAGUUCGAUUCCUCUUCAGCGUGGCUUCGGGUCGAAGCGCGCGCGUGCUCUGGGGCGACGUCCGACGUUUCGCUCCACGCGUGGCAGCAGCUUUGUUCGGUUUCCCGAAGAAUCUCGCAGCGCGUGGAGCGAACGUCGGGAUGCGACGCUGGACGGCGCGCGACCCCCCCCCCCCCCCCCCCCACACAGAGAACUGUCGCCGCCAGCCGGCACAUGCUAGAAGUUUUUAGACCACGAAUUGAACUCUUUGUUCAACACAAAAUAAAUCCGCCCACGAUCACCGGUGGACGGGGCGACUGCUCCGUGGUGGGGGGGGGGGCAGGGGUGGGGGCACGGUGAUGGCACUCGCCUCCAAAUGGUCGCGUGGUGAGCGGGGUGGGGGCGACCUCUGUGGGUCGGGGGUCGAGGUCGGUCCUGGGUUUACAGAGCAAGGUGCAUUUUCUGCCAGGCACGGCGCGAUCGACGAGUUGACCGCGCCGCGGGAGUGGGUAUGUUUUACUGUAUUUAAGCAAAGGCAGGAAAAGAAAAGAGGGGCGAUGUUAGCAGGAGAAAGGGAAUACAACAAAUAACACCUGGCAGCAGAGACCCUCGAGUCCUGCUCAAGGCACUGUGAAGUUUGUAGUCAGCAGGAUGAAAGUGGAGCUCUCUGCGCACGUGGCUUUGCUUUGACUGUUUUUGUUCUGUUUGGGAGCCUGCAGAGGAACACGUUUGUUUCGCGUCCGUUUAUGAUAUAUCUACUUUUGAAAACAAAACAGAAGAUAAUUAUUUUUUAAUUGUUAUUUAAGAACAUUUUAGAAAAAGUUGUGCUUUUGGUUCUGUUAUCGUUGUUCCGAAGGGGGGAGUGGGGGGGGCCCGGGGGGUCACACGAGGUGAAGGAGAUGUCAAAACGACGACGACUGCUUUAACUGAGGGUGGCUCUGACCAUCGCUCGCUCAGAUUGUCCACCAUUUGGAUUGUCCACCACUCGGAUCGUCCACCACUCACAUCGUCCACCGCUCACAUCGGCCAUCACUCACAUCUUCUACCACUUACAUCGUCCACCAUUCACAUCGUCCACCACUCACAUCGUCCACCACUCACAUCGUCCACCACUCACAUCGUCCACCACUCACAUCGUCCACCGUUCUUGCAAUAUCUCGCCGCUGCGCUCGGCAUCGCCGUCGUUACUCCGUCAUCUCUUAUUAUUAUUAUUUAUUGGUCUCUUUGUUUUCCCCCCUUACAGAAAAUUGGGUACUUUACAGUUUUGAAAGCUGUUUCUUGCAAACAAUUCGAGACGUUCGAUAUUUACAAUGGUAUAAAAAAAACUAGUUUUUUUUUUAUUGUUUAUCAUCUUGCACCCAUGAAUGUCGGAUACUUACAUUCCAGGCGUACACCCAUCACUCCAAUGUCUUAAAGGGGACACGGUUUUGAUACGAAGCGGUGAUUUUCUGGGUGCGCGUAAUGCCGCUUACAGGAUUACUCCACUCGAACACGGAGGCCGGUAACGCGGCCGGGUUAACGGCUGGGUCGGGUCCAAUCUUGACGGUCGUUGCUGGGAUAGGCGUUCAAAUCUACGCGGGGUGUGUCGGUGACACACGCGCGCACACAAUCGCACGCACACCACCCAGCUUUGUGUACGGUACCAAGGUUAAACACACACAAAUACAAAGAUCCCCCGUAUAGCCUUAUCAGACUGUUGGGGCAAGUGCUGUUCGCGAGCACUAAUGAAGGCCGGCACGGCACACGAGGGGGGUGAGUGACCAGCACCACGCCCGACCGCCUUUGUCUCCCCAGUGGCGAUGUUUACUCGUCGUACCAGGCACUCAUUUGAGACUGAGUCGACCUAACAGAGGCCCAGGACUGGUUCAGAUAUUUGUCACUGAUGUCGGCCGUGAAUGGGAAUCGAACUCGCGUCGCCAGUUUCGUAACGCAAUGCGCUAACUGCUGCGCCACUGCUCUCCGCGGUUACCAGGACACACACAACACCCUAAGCUUGCACACGGGUACCACGAUCUCACGUACACACAUUCACAUGUACACACACACACUUUAAUCGCUUUCAUUCCUCUCAGUUGUUUUCUUGGUCCAGUGAGGCAAUCAAAAAUGCAGAAAUUGGAAAAGGUGAAAUAAAGUUUUUUUUUUAAACUUACUUAUCCACUGCU